CCCUGCCGCGAACAACCUUAUACCCUCAUGCAUUUUUUGAAGUCAUCGACCCAAAUUUUUUAGAGCGCUGAGAAUGGCGCCAAGAUUAACAUGAAGCACAACACAGCCUUUUUUUUCUCUCAAUCAGCGGUAACAAUUUCUCGCCAUGUUUAUGACAGCAAUGAUACAAACCCGAAACAAACUACUCCAUCAAAAUCCAAACCCCACUCUUUUUUUCAGCACAUUUGCAUCUUCCAUUCUUCACUCUUUUCCAAAUAAUCACUCUACUAGAACAAAAAACAUAUCUUUUCAUCAAACCCAAGAACCAGUAAUUCAAUCAAAAGACUCCACUAAUCUCUUAAAUAACAAUACAAAUCAAGACAAGUGUGAGUUUUUAGUGCAAAAAUACCGGUUUUCAAAUUCUGAAAACGAUGCUCAAAGACUUCAUUUGGAUAUUAUAAAACAUGGGGUUGAUCAAGAUUUGUAUUUGUGUAACACCCUUAUUAAUCUAUAUGUUAAAAAUGCUGAUUUGAUAUCUGCUCAUGAGGUGUUCGAUGAAAUGCCUGAACAAAAUUUAGUCACUUGGGCGUGUUUGAUUACGGGUUAUUCUCAAAAUGGGAUGCCUGAUGAGGCAUGUCGAGUUUUUCAAGAAAUGGUUUCGUCGGGUUUUAUUCCUAACCAUUAUGCUUGUGGUAGUGCUUUGAGGUCUUGUCAGGGUUUAGGUGUUUUUGGGUUGAGGUUAGGGAUGCAAAUUCAUGGUUUGCUUUUGAAAACAGGACAUGCUUCUAAUGAAGUUGUGUCCAAUGUCUUGAUCUCGAUGUACGGAAGUUGUGCAGGUAAUGGUGAUUCUGCUUGGCAUGUUUUUGAAGAGAUAGAGAAUAAGAAUUCAGUAUCUUGCAAUUCUGUUAUUUCGGUUUACUCUCAGCGAGGCGCGGUUUCUGCAUUUGAGCUCUUCUCUUAUCUGCAAAAAGAGGAUUUGGGGUUUACUUUUAAACCAACUGAGUUCACUUUUGGCAGCUUAAUUACUGCUGCUGCUAAUCAUGUUAAUUGUGGUUUGCUUUUACUGGAGCAGCUUUUGGGAAAUAUUGAAAAGUCUGGACUUUUAGAAGACUUGUAUGUAGGCAGUGCUUUGCUUAGUGGUUUUGGAAGGUUUGGGUCCCUCGAUACAGCAAUGAAGGUUUUUAAGCAGAUGGGUGCAAGGAAUGCAGUGUCCUUGAACGGGCUCAUGGUCGGAUUGGUGAGACUUGGUCAGGGAGAAGAAGCAGCUAAGAUUUUCAUGGAGAUGAGAGACUUGGUUAAGAUAAAUUCUGAUUCGUUUGUGGUUCUUUUCAGUGCAUUUCCUGAAUUCUCUUCGUUGGAAGAAGGGGAAAUAAGGGGCAGAGAGCUUCAUGCGUAUGUUCUCCGAACGGGUUUGUGCAACUCUAAGGCUGCUAUUGGAAAUGCUCUGAUUAAUAUGUAUUCUAAAUUUGGUGAAAUCCAAAUUGCCCAUUCUGUUUUCCAGGUCAUGGUUGAUAAGGAGUCGGUAUCAUGGAACUCUAUGAUCUCUGCUCUAGAUCAAAGUGAUUGUUUUGAAAAUGCACUAUCGACCUUCCAAACUAUGAGGAGGACUGGUUUGAUGGCUUCAAAUUACUCAUUGAUAAGUGCUUUGAGUUCUUGCGGAAGCCUGAAUUGGAUAGGAUUGGGGAAGCAACUGCACAGUGAAGGGAUAAAAUUAGGACUUGAUUUUGAUGUUUCAGUGUCUAAUGCUCUUCUUGCUUUAUAUGCUGAUACUGGAUGUGUGGCUGAAUGCAAGAUAUUGUUUACCUUGAUGCCAGAACAUGAUAUAGUUUCAUGGAAUACCAUUAUCGGCGCAUUAGGUGAUUCUGAGACAUCUAUUUCUGAUGCUAUAGAGUACUUCAUACAGAUGAUGUGUUCUGGAUGGAGUCCUAACAAUGUGACAUUUAUAAACAUCCUUUCAGCAAUAUCACCUCUUUCUCUUAUUGGUCUUGUUCGUCAAAUCCAUGCUCUGGUGCUAAAAUAUAAUGCAAUGCAUGCUAAUUCUAUUGAAAACACAUUUCUUGCUUGCUAUGGUAAGUGUGGGGAAAUGGAUGACUGUGAGAACAUAUUUUCUGGGAUGUCUGACAGGAAGGAUGAUGUGAGUUGGAAUUUAAUGAUUUCUGGGUAUUUACACAAUGAGGUCUUACCAAAAGCCAUGGAUUUAGUUUGGCUUAUGCUGCAAAAGGGUCAGAAAUUAGAUGGCUUCACAUUUGCCUCUGUUCUUAGUGCAUGUGCCUCAAUCGCAACAUUGGAGCAUGGCAUGGAAGUUCAUGCUUGUGCGAUUAGAGCCUGUUUGGAAUCUGACGUUGUUGUUGGGAGUGCUCUUGUUGAUAUGUAUGCCAAAUGUGGAAGAAUAGAUUAUGCUUCAAGGUUUUUUGAUUUAAUGCCUGUACGGAAUAUAUAUUCAUGGAACUCAAUGAUAUCUGGUUAUGCACGGCAUGGACAUGGACAUAAAGCACUAGAGCUUUUUACAAAAAUGAAUCUGGAAGGUCAAACACCCGACCAUGUCACAUUCGUUGGUGUCUUAUCAGCUUGUAGCCAUGUAGGAUUUGUCGAGCAAGGCAUGGACUACUUUGAUUCCAUGAGCAAACACUAUGGCCUGACACCUCGGAUUGAGCAUUUCUCAUGCAUGGUUGAUAUCCUGGGUCGGGCCGGGAAGAUGAAUAAGUUGGAGGACUUCAUCAAUAAAAUGCCAUUAAAGCCCAAUGCACUCAUCUUGAGGACUGUGCUUGGAGCCUGUGGUCGAGCAAGCAGUCGUAAAACAGAUCUAGGUAGGAAAGCUGCCCACAUGCUCAUAGAGUUGGAACCUCAUAAUGCUGUGAAUUAUGUGCUUCUCGCAAAUAUGUAUGCUUCAGGAGGGAAGUGGGAGGAUGUAGCAGAGGCUCGGCGUGCAAUGCGAGAAGCAACGGUAAGGAAAGAAGCUGGAUGCAGCUGGGUUAGCAUGAGAGAUGGUGUUCAUGUUUUUGUUGCUGGUGAUCAAUCACAUCCAGAUAAACAUGCAAUUUAUGAAAAACUUAAGGAAUUGCACAAGAGGAUUAGGGACGCAGGGUAUGUACCACAGAUCAAAUAUGCCUUGUAUGAUCUUGAACUGGAGAAUAAGGAAGAACUCCUUAGCUAUCAUAGUGAAAGACUUGCAGUUGCCUUUGUUCUUACACGGAAAUCAGAUAUGCCGAUAAGAAUAAUGAAAAACCUUCGAGUUUGUGGGGACUGUCACUCUGCCUUCAAAUACAUAUCACAAGUUGUUGGUAGACAAAUAGUAUUACGAGACUCCAACAGAUUUCAUCAUUUUGCUGAUGGUAAAUGUUCAUGUAACGAUUACUGGUGAUAAAUCAAAUGCUGUCUAACUUGGAGAUAGGGAUGCUACUUAAUGAGGCAUUGACAGACCAAAGCAAUCAAAAAGUUUCAAGCAUGUCAUGUCUGAAGUAUGGGGAGAGAGGCAGUUAGUGUGCAAGGGUGUUGCAGAUGAGGACCCCAACAUGAAGUUAUUAAAACGUGCCAUAAUCUUGCUGUUGUUUGAAUUACUUUCCAUAUUUCUUAAACAUUUUAUGACAUGAAUCGGCUAGAAUGACAACAAAUGACACCAUGAAAUCAAAGCAGUAUGGAGAAUGUAUGGAGAAUUAAGAAUAUCAAACCCAAUGUAAACCUUUGUUGGUAGACAAAAAGUAUUGUGAGACUGCUCCUGCAGAUUUCAUCAUUUUGUGCACUUGCUCAGUGGUCAAUGAAGUUGGAAUGGGCCAUGGGAAACCAGGGUUGAAAACUUCAAAUCCCUGCAGAGCCAGCAAGAUGUUAGGUGAUUUCUUCCCAUUUGUAAAAAUAGUGUGGACAGAGUUACCCAUGUACCUGUACUGGUGGGAGGUAGCAGUUACCAAGUAAAUUAGUCGGGGUGUGCACAAGCUGGCCCGGACACCAUUGUUAUUAAAAAUAUAGAUUUCUUCUUUGUUUUUGCUGAUGGGAAGAGUUCAUGUAAUGGUUAUUGGUGAUAGAUCAAAUGCUGUCUAACUUAGCGAAAGAGAUGUUGCUUAAUGGGGCAUUUCGAAACAGACAAAGCAAUGGGAAAGGUUCAGCAUGUCGUGUAUGAAGUAUGGGAAGGGAAACAUUUAGCUUGUAAGGAUUGAAUUAAUUAUUCUGGUGGCUACCUCAACCUGACGUUACUAAAAUGUACCAUACUCCUGGUAUUUCAUUGAAUUGCUUUCCAUAUUGCCAUAGUUGUUUGAUAUUUUAUGGCAUAAAUUGGUUAGAGUGACAGCAAAUGACAACAUGAAACCAAAGUUGCAUGUGUUGGGUAAAAUGUAUUGAAGUUGGUCUUGCACAAUAAAGGCCUUUGGGUUUGCUGGAGGAUUUCAUUGCGCAGACUCCACAGAUCAUAUAAAGUCUUUGAUUAAGGAACUCAUCCCUCAGGGGAGUGGUUUCAUGGGAAGGGUUGUCUUGUGUGCUAGCUGAGCACACAGCCAAGGUACUCUAUAGAUACUGCGGGGCGAGAAUGACGCCAACUUAUUGAUCAAAGGCAGGACUGAGUCCUCUUGUCCAGGCUGCAAAUAGCUACAGCUAGUUUUACAUUACAGAUGGGCACAAUAUCAUGCACGAUGAUGAACUGCAUCAUCAAUCAUUAGGAGAGGCAAUAAUGAAGAUGUAGGUUCCCUUCAAUGCGGAGACAGAUUCUUUAUCAGAAUUACUUUAUAGAAUGUUGAAUGAGUUGGUUGGAAUUUCUCACUCUAGGAAAAGCAUGUUUUGGCAAAGAGAAGAAUUUUGUCAGUGUUUAUGCACUGAUUAAAUUCUGACAGGGGUGAAGUUGAUUAAAUGGGAUAAGACAGAUUUAAUCCUAUAUUGUCACAUCCAAAUUGAUGAUGACUACUUCCUCACACUGAAGUAUUACAAAGGGACUGAAUUUGGAAACAAGUAAAGAGUAGAUACAACCACGGGCAACUAGGAUCUUAGAUAUUGUUACAAAAAGUGAUGCAGUAAUCCAUGGACUGGAUCCAAAGAUAUCUCAAAGCUGCUGGAAAGAGAAGAAACAAGAAGAAUUGUUAUUUUAUUAUAAUAAAUGUGUAUUUGGUAUGAAGGAACAUGUUCUCCAAAAAACAUCUUUUAGGAAAAACGUUUCUAUUUUGUUUAUCCAGUCAACAUCUGGAUUGGAACCAUAGACCUUGGCCAUUCAUUAUCCCGAUUAUCCUCUCUGCUCAAAAGUUAUAGCAAGAGUUCAAGUUAUGAAAGUGAUAGUAGCUCUAUAAAACUACAAUUUGUUGCUAAGUUGGUUGGAGAUUGUGAUCCCUUGGGUAAGAAUCUGAAGAGGGUUAAUGCCAAGUUCAUAACUAUUUCACGGAACAGAAACACCAGAAUGCAAGCCUACCAGGACGAAGUAUCUCAGAGAAAUGACUCUAUAUCUUUAGUAAAAUUGGAGCAUUUGUCAUCCUUCCAGCCCUUGCUCAUUUUAGGAAUUGAAAGACGGGUUAUGUGCAGUUAUUUCCAUGACUUGUAUAAAUACUUUGCACAAAAUAUUCUAUUUCUCUUACUAAUAUAUUGAAACAAUAUAAGUUUGUGAAAGUCCCUGUUAACUCUCGAGGUGAAUGAUCAUUUGGAGUUGUAGAUUAACUGUA